UUCUUAGGGGAUUUUAGUUACAUUAGUAAUUUUAGUACACGUGUUUUCAAGUGGUCUGUGCAACAAUUGUCCCCACUCUCCUCUAAUAGACUUCCCGAAAGUUGUCCGAUGAACCACGAGCACUAACGACCUCAAGUCACGGUUUUCCCCCAUUUUCUUCGCGUCUGAAUAAUUGCAUCUUCAUCAUAAAACUACCAGUGUUAACCAACCCGUGCCAACAUGAAAGACAAAUCCAAAGUAAUCGCACCCCGAAAAUACAUCCAAAUGGAAUUGGCUUUAGCUGAAGCAAGCAAAAAGUGCAUUGUUUCGUGUGACAGGGUUGCCAUCCACGGAACUAAACUCAUAGUUGAGAAGAUCAUCCGACGAAUUGUUUCAGCUAUGAAAACGCAGUCUUCCAUUUUUGCCUCCAUGUACGUUAAAAACUUCAAUGGUGGCAGCAUUUACGAAAAAACCAAAAUAGGAAAACCUGACGAGUUCGAUAUUGACAUUUUGUUGAAAAUACCGGAAAUUAUGGGUGCGGUGUUGAAAGAAGGAUACGCCCCCGGAUUCGCACAAAUUCAGCUGACAAAUUUUGGAAAAUUGCCGGACAUAGACGAACAGUGGCAGACAGUAUUCGGGGAAUUUGUGGACCCAGAAAACUACGUUCUAUCGAGUGAAAUGAUGGCGUUUUUUGUUUGGAAAAUUUUUGAAAAAGCUCUCUUGAACGUUUUCCCAGAUUCGGUGAUCAAAAUUCAAGGCAACUGUUACAAGAUCACUAAAAUCGAAUAUAUUGAACCAGCUGUGACUCUAACCAUCGAGGGUUCUAAUUUCUACGUUGACGUUGAUUUAGUUACGUCUUUGGUAUUGGAUGGACGAUUCUGGCCUGGAGGUUCAUGUCGUCAGAACCCUUACAUCACCCCAAACGAAUUUUUUCUCACUCCGACCAGACCUAAAGGGGACUAUGACCACAGAGGGAGGUUCUGGCGGUUGUCUUUCCACAUGCAAGAAAGACAAAUUGUUUUCAAUCGGUAUAAAAUGAAACCAGCGUUCAGGGUGCUCAAAUGGAUACGUGAUUAUUUUGACCACACGGUUCGCAGCUACGCUAUUAAAACGAUAUUUUUGUGGGAAUUGUGUAAAGAUAAUCCAGUUCUGGAUCAGGAUACGCCUGAUUUGUGGAAAGCUCCUCUCAGUUAUAUUGUGGUUCACAUGCUGGAGAAAUAUUUGGAGUGUUUAGCGCAAGCCAACAUUUCCGAUUUUUGGAAUAAAGAUCUGAAUCUUCUGUGUUACCUCUCGGAAGCCGAAAUGGAGGUGUACAAAAGGGACACUGCUGAAGUGCUUGAUCACGUUAAGAAUAAUCCGAAAAAUUUACUCAGAUAUCUAGAGUGAAAUGAUCCCGGGUACUUUUUACACUUAAAACUUAGAUCUGAUAAAUGUAUAUUAAGUAUUUUCUAAUAAAUGAUCUGCUGCUUGUAA